CGGCUCCCAUCAGGGAAAGUGGCUCCAAGAGUUGCUAUGAAGUGCCCUGGACCUCCAGACAGCUCGAGACUUGCCUUCUUGCUGGAAAAUGCCUUAGCCAGAGAGGCUAGGAUUUGGAAAGUGCCAGUUUUCCAGAAUCUCACCCUGAAGGGCACAGAUAUCUCUUCGCUGUGUUACAAGAAAGCAGUUCUCUGGAUUGCAGAGACCAGCUCUCGGUUCCAGUUUUACCCUGAAACGUUUGCACUAGCUGCCAGCAUCCUCAACCGGCUAUUGGCAUCCGUGAAGGCCCAAUUAAAAUAUCUGCAGUGCAUAGCCAUUUCCUGCCUCGUCCUUGCAGCAAAAACCAACGAAGAAGAUGAGAUAAUACCAUCGGUGAAGAUGCUCGCAGUGCAGAGUGGUUGUAAACGCUCUCCAGCUGAGAUCUUGAGAAUGGAAAGAAUUAUACUAGAUAAGCUUCACUGGGAUCUUUACACAGCAACACCAAUGGAUUUCUUAAACAUUGUAAGCACUAAAUUUUGCAAUUUUUUUUUUCUUUAAAGAAACAGCUCCUUAUCAAAUAAGACUAGAAAACAGAGAUGCACACACAUACACGCACCCACGCAUCCUUUCCCAGAUGAUUUGCAAACUACCUGUCCUUAGCUAUCUGCGAGUCUUUUGA